AUGGUCAGAAAAGCCAGUUUUGGUCCCUCGUGGGUCACUCUCAGCCCGCGACGUUUCAUCGCCGUGGCAGGAUCAACCAGUGUAUACAGUCUUCAUGGAUCUACAAUGCAAAUAAGAUUAAUUGACAAAGUGUUGCCACACCCGGCAUUCAGGUUUCAUCACAUGUAUCACGACAUCGGAUUAUUCAGGAUCUCGAAACCAUUCCAGAUCAACAGCCACGUGCAAUAUUUGACGCUUCCGAAGCAGUAUUUUGAUCAUUUCUUCGACGAGUUAGAAUAUCUCUGCACAAUUAUUGGAUGGGGUCGGCUGUCGUACGGACAAGAUACAGGAGCUGGGGAUAUUUUACAUCAUGCCCUGAUUCCCUCCAUCCCUGCCAAACAUUGCAGUGUUAAAAAUCUCCAUUUGCAGGCUCAAGUGUGUGCGGGAAGAAAAGAAGGUGGGGUGGAUUCCUGCCAGGGCGAUAGCGGUGGUCCACUUUUGUGCAAAGGCUUGCAGAUGGGAGUAGUGUCUUGGGGACGAGGCUGUGCAUUUCCUAAUUCCCCGGGUGUUUAUACCCGAGUUGAUUAUUACGUUAGAUGGUUACGUAGAAUGAUGGAGAGGAACAACGCACAGCGUAGCGCAGUCAUAUCAUUUACGAUACUGCUGCUUUUAAUUACGACGAAUGUGUAUUUAUAA